AUGAAAGAGACGGAUCCUGCAAACCUAGCGAGGAUGGAAGGAGGAAGAUGGAUGGAUGACCUGGUCCGGCUGUCUCCUGCAUCCCUCCCCACAACCUCUGAGCACUCCCUCCCAGGGACCUCCGAGAGAUCUGGUGAGUCCCAGGAGAGUGGAGAUGGGGACGUAGAGGGAUGGAGCCGGAGAGGAAUUGGGGCUUGCUCAGCUUGGGGGUGGGGGGAGGCAGGCAGGCGGAUGGAGAUGGAGAAGGGGAGCACCUUUUCGGGCUCCCCCACCUGCCUGCCUGCCUGCCUGCCUGCUCCUUUUGUCAUCUGCAGGCAAUUUGAGCUAGAAAUAGAUCACAGCUCCCCGGCCACUGCGAUGUAUUGGCAGCUCAAAAGGUCUAAAACCAGUUCUGUGAUCUGAAUGCCCUACCAAUUUCAGAGAACUCACUGAUCCAUCGCGCAGCACUGGACUCCUUAAAGGAACCUGAUCCUGCUGUGCAGUGAGAACUCAGAUGGGGCCUCCGUGUGUUGCCUUUUUCUCUUCUUUUUGUAUAACUUUUAUUAGCUUUAUAAAACAAGGAAGAUAGGAAUAAUAGAUGAUACAAAUAUGUAGGCUGAGUCUGUAUAUCUCAAACAUAGCAGAAUAAAUUUGCAGGAGUAUCUAUAACAUAUAGUUCAUCUUUUCUUGAGCAAUAUUUUGCCAUAUAUUCAUCAAAACAUUUCCACUCCUUUUUAAAUUUUUGAUUCGACUGAUUUCUUCUUAUAGCAGUUAAUUUUGCCAGAAUUAAAUAUUCAUUUAGUUUACAAAUCCAUUCCUCCUUUGUGGGUAUAGUUUGUGACUUCCACCGAGCAGCAAUCACUAUUCUAGCAGCUGCACUUGUGGAAUGUAAUGGCGUCCGCCACACUUUCCUGUGCCAACUCUCCGUGCCAACUGUGAGCCUGAAGCUGUCUUCCUGGCUCCAAGCCGAGUUUCGCAGCAGCGGUCGUGCCUUGGGUGGGUGAUAAAUCCAAGGCUGUACGCAGGCUUCUUGCUCAUCUAAGAAGUCUUUACUCAUUGUACAGAAAAACAUCAUAAAUCAACCCGGAGAUCGAGCGGACAUCUCCUCGGCUCGACAGCUAAAAACGAAAGUAACUCGCACACAAAGAAAGAUUCCCGUAUGUGAACAAAACCACGCCUCAGAAUGUGAGAUGUCACACAGAACUGUUUAACCCUGUAAGUUCUGAUUCUCCUCAUAGUACUUGCAUAUAGAAAAAUUCUUCCCCCCCCCAUGGUAUCUCUUCAUCUAUCACUGCAAGGAGAUAUGUCUCUGGUUUCUUUGUUAUUGAUAUUUUCAACAUCUUCUUUAGUUCUUCGUGUACUACUAUCCCAAAUUUCUUAAUUUCCUCACACCUCCACCACAUAUGUAUUGUUGUUCCUAUUUUUCCACCACAUCUGCAACAGAGGUUGGAUUUCAAUUUGUAUAUCUUUGCCAGCUUAACUGGCAUUAAGUACCACCUAUAGAACAUCUUUACAAAAUAUUCUUUAAUUGUAUAUGAGGCAGUAAAUCGUAUAUCCUCUCGCCAGAGUUUCUCCCAUUGCUCUAGAUAGAUAGUAUGUCUGAGAUCCUGAGACCAUUUACCAUAUUUUUCGCUCUAUAGGACGCACUUUUCCCCUCCAAAAAUGAAGGGAAAUGUGUGUGCGUCCUAUGGGGCAAAUGCAGGCUUCAGGAGAGCCCCAGCGCCAGCCCCACAAAGUCGGGGGACAGAGGGAGGCGGAACGCCGCCAUCCCGCUGUCUCCCGAAGUGGUUUGGAGGCUGACGGCGGAGAGACCCUGCCGCCAGCCCCGCAAGCUCCGGGGACAGCUGGGAGGCGCAGCGCGUCUUCCCCUGUCCCCGGACCUGAUCUGAAGGCGGGCGGCGGGGAGAAAUUUAAAGAUUACUUACAGAAAUAUUGCAAAAUUAAUGAAUGUUAGAGUGAUGUUGGAUUGAAAUUAAGUGGCUUCUAGCUGUACAGGCUUUAAAGUUAUAUAUAGAUCAAGAUUAAGGAUUAGGAUUAAAAAAGUUAAAAGAAAUGGAAAGUUGGCAUUUAAUAGGUCAAAAUUUAAUGUUAUAUUAUAUUAAGAUCAAGGAUUGGGAUUAAAAAGGAGGGAAAGGAAUUGCUGGACAAACAAAUUGAAUUGGAAUACAAAAGAGGGAGGUAUGAGGAGGUCCGGGAAAUAAGUAAAUGUAAAAGUUGUGAUGAAAAGAUGGAAUUGUUUUUAACUGUUUUUUUUCUUUCUUUUUUCUUGUAUUUUGUAUGGUGUAUUUCUAUUUUUAUUUUCAAACUUCUUUUUUUUUAUUAUUAAGAUGUCUCUUUUCAUGUGAAACUUCAAUAAAUAUCAUUUAAAAAAGAAAAAAAAAAAAGAGAACAGAAAUUGUGCUCCAGCGGCACAGUGGCAGCAGGAGGCCCCAUUAGCUAAAGUGGUGCUUCAGGUUAAGAACAGUUUCAGGUUAAGUACGGAUCUCUGGAACGAAUUAAGUACUUAACCUGAGGUACCACUGUAAUAGCUACUGUGCUAUUUUCUGCCCAUGCUCUGGGGUUGCAGUUUUCAGGCUUGGGGACAGGGUGGUGACUGGUUUUUGCACCAAGUUCUGUCCAUAAGCCCCACUGAGUUCAAGGGUUCCACCUUGAGGUCACUACUGGACAGACCCUGCCAGCCUUACGAAGUCGGGUGAUUAGCAAACAGGGGAAACUGGAACGACAGGAGAUGUUUCGAAAUGGGGCUUCUGUUGGGAAGGGGCUGCCCCAUUUGUGCUUCUCCAGGGGCAGGAGAAUAUCUAGGGCAGGAGAAUCCCUGCAGGGCCUCUGAGGCUCCCUUUGCUUCUUCCUCUCUCCCAGGACCCUGCAGCUUCUUUUGGCUCCUUAACUCCUCAGGAAGGAUGAGUGAGACGGAUCCUGUCAAGCUAGAGGAGAUGGAAGAGGGAAGAUGGACGCAUGACCUGGUCCGGCUGUCUCCUGCAUCCCUCCCCACAACCUCUGAGCACUCCCUCCCAGGGACCUCCGAGAGAUCUGGUGAGUCCCAGGAGAGUGGAGAUGGGGACCUGGAUGGAUGGAGCCAGAGAGGAAUUGGGGCUUGCUCAGGUUGGGGGUGGGGGGAGGCAGGCAGGCGGAUGGAGAUGGAGAAGGGGAGCACCUUUUUGGGCUCCCCCACCUGCCUGCCUGCCUGCCUGCCUGCCUGCCUGCGCUUUUGUCAUCUGCAGGCAAUUUGAGCUAGGAAUAGAUCACAGCUCCCCGGCCACCGCGAUGUAUUGGCAGCUCAAAAGGUCUAAAACCAGUUCUGUGAUCUGAAUGCCCUGCCAAUGUCAGACAACUCACUGAUCCAUCGUGCAGCACUGGACUCCUUAAGGGAACCUGAUCCUGCUGUGCAGUGUGAACUCAGAUGGGGCCUCCGUGUGUUGCCUUUUUCUCUUCUUUUUGUAUAACUUUUAUUAACUUUAUAAAAUAAGGAAGAUAGGAAUAAUAGAUGAUACAAAUAUGUAGGCUGAGUCUGUAUAUCUCAAACAUAGCAGAAUAAAUUUGCAGGAGUAUCUAUAACAUAUAGUUCAUCAUUAGUGGUCAGUGUAUGAGUUCUGGGUGCAUGAAUUGCUUUCAACUGAAACAAAAAAGGGAAACAGGAGAGAACAGAGAACAUUCAAGAUCGCAGAGCCAAAUGCCUAGACUGGAGCUCUUGUGGCCGUUGUGCUUAGAUUAAGUGAGUAAUAGUCAUUUUUCCUCUUCUGUUACCAAUGAAACAAGACAGAGUUGGUCUUAUCAUGAAAAUGGGAGGGGGUUCAAAGUGAAGAAAGAGAUUUACGUAUAAAUUUAAAUAUUUUCCUGUUUUAAUUUUUUUAAAUUAUUAUUAUUUUUAAUGGUUUUCACAUAUUACUUUACAAUACAGAUGUACCAAAGCCAACACCAUUUCCUUCCCAUCCCCCCAUACAUUUACAUUUCUAUUUCCUCAAUCAAUCAUAUUAUCCUUUUCUCCCUCCUCCCACUUCCCUCCGCCCCCACUGGUUUUCCUCCACAUUAUACAAUUUACAAUAAUCUUUGCAUUCUACAACCUUCUCAAAUCAUCUUUAUAUUCUUAUUAUCUUUCCUUACUAAUUUUUCUUCCAUCCAGUACUUCACAUUUUAAUCUAGGCAUAUUAGCGUAUCUUUCCUUGAGCAAUAUUUUGCCAUAUAUUCAUCAAAACAUUUCCACUUGGUUGUCAAGUCUCUGCUUAAAGACCUCCAAAGAAGGAGACUCCACCACACUCCUUGGCAGCAAAUUCCACUGUCGAACAGCUCUUACUGUCAGGAAGUUCUUCCUAAUGUUUAGGUGGAAUCUUCUUUCUUGUAGUUUGGAUCCAUUGCUCCGUGUCCGCUUCUCUGGAGCAGCAGAAAACAACCUUUCUCCCUCCUCUAUGUGACAUCCUUUUAUAUAUUUGAACAUGGCUAUCAUAUGACCCCUUAACCUCCUCUUCUCCAGGCUAAACAUGCCCAGCUCCCUUAGCCGUUCCUCAUAAGGCAUCGUUUCCAGGCCUUUGACCAUUUAGUUGACAAAGAUUCUGCAGGUGACAAUCCUGACUAGUCAGCUGACCUAGACCCCAAGGAACCCCCUAAAUCAAAGACCCCGGGGUCUUUGCAGUUGAGGAAUCUAGGGAAGGACCUUACUGACAGAACUGAAAAGAAUUGUUUACAUGCCUUCUGUGCUCUGCCAUAAGAAGCCCAGAAUGAAAUACUCUCAGAUUUGACCUCUGACGUUCCUGCCUAAUAAGUUUGAAGAAGGAACACAAGGGCUCAUGCAAGUAGAACUUGACCCUUUGUGCUCCAGAUCCAGCCCACCAGAUAUUCCAGCAUGAGUUGAAUUUAUGGGCUGAAAAGCCACCUCCUCCCACCAGCAGGUUAAUGAACCCUCUUUCCUACCAAUUGGAGAUGAAGAGCUUCCCCAAAGAUUUGGUCCACAUGCAAGAGGCAAAUAUGGCCAAAACACCUGCCUGGCUUGCAAUGAGAGAGCUCAAAGAGCGUCAACGGGGCUCUUCAUACAAAGAACCAAGCAUGCAGGCACCUACAAUACAUGUACAGAGGUACCUCAGGUUCCAUACGCUUCAGGUUACAGACUCCGUGAACCCAGAAAUAGUGCUUCAGGUUAAGAACUUUGCUUCAGGGUGAGAACAGAAAUUGUGCUCCAGCGGCACAGUGGCAGCAGGAGGCCCCAUUAGCUAAAGUGGUGCUUCAGGUUAAGAACAGUUUCGGGUUAAGUACGGACCUCUGGAACGAAUUAAGUACUUAACCUGAGGUACCACUGUAAUAGCUACUGUGCUAUUUUCUGCCCAUGCUCUGGGGUUGCAGUUUUCAGGCUUGGGGACAGGAAGGUGACUGGUUUUUGCACCAAGUUCUGUCCAUAAGCCCCACUGAGUUCAAGGGUUCCACCUUGAGGUCACUACUGGACAGACCCUGCCAGCCUUACGAAGUCGGGUGAUUAGCAAACAGGGGAAACUGGAACGACAGGAGAUGUUUCGAAAUGGGGCUUCUGAUGAGAAGGGGCUGCCCCACUUGUUCUUCUCCAGAGGCAGGAGAAUAUCUAGGGCAGGAGAAUCCCUGCAGGGCCUCUGAGGCUCCCUUUGCUUCUUCCUCUCUCCCAGGACCCUGCAGCUUCUUUUGGCUCCUUGACUCCUCAGGAAGGAUGAGUGAGACGGAUCCUGUCAAGCUAGAGGAGAUGGAAGAGGGAAGAUGGACGCAUGGCCUGGUCCGGCUGUCUCCUGCAUCCCUCCCCACAACCUCUGAGCACUCCCUCCCAGGGACCUCCGAGAGAUCUGGUGAGUUCCAGGAGAGUGGAGAUGGGGACAUGGAGGGAUGGAGCCAGAGAGGAAUUGGGGCUUGCUCAGGUUGGGGGUGGGAGGAAGCAGGCAGGCAGAUGGAGAUGGAGAAGGGGAGCACCUUUUCGGGCUCCCCUGCCUGCCUGCCUGCCUGCCUGCGCCUUUGUCAUCUGCGGGCAAUUUGAGCUAGGAAUAGAUCACAGCUCCCCGGCCACCGCGAUGUAUUGGCAGCUCAAAAUGUCUAAAACCAGUUCUGCGAUCUGAAUGCCCUACCAAUUUCAGACAACUCACUGAUCCAUCGUGCAGCACUGGACUCCUUAAGGGAACCUGAUCCUGCUGUGCAGUGUGAACUCAGAUGGGGCCUCCGUGUGUUGCCUUUUUCUCUUCUUUUUGUAUAACUUUUAUUAACUUUAUAAAAUAAGGAAGAUAGGAAUAAUAGAUGAUACAAAUAUGUAGGCUGAGUCUGUAUAUCUCAAACAUAGCAGAAUAAAUUUGCAGGAGUAUCUAUAACAUAUAGUUCAUCAUUAGUGGUCAGUGUAUGAGUUCUGGGUGCAUGAAUUGCUUUCAACUGAAACAAAAAAAGGGGAAACAGGAGAGAACAGAGAACAUUCAAGAUCGCAGAGCCAAAUGCCUAGACUGGAGCUCUUGUGGCCGUUGUGCUUAGAUUAAGUGAGUAAUAGUCAUUUUUCCUCUUCUGUUACCAAUGAAACAAGACAGAGUUGGUCUUAUCAUGAAAAUGGGAGGGGAGGGGUUCAAAGUGAAGAAAGAGAUUUACGUAUAAAUUUAAAUAUUUUCCUGUUUUAAUUUUUUUUAAUUAUUAUUAUUUUUAAUGGUUUUCACAUAUUACUUUACAAUACAGAUGUACCAAAGCCAACACCAUUUCCUCCCCAUCCCCCCAUACAUUUACAUUUCUAUUUCCUCAAUCCAUCAUAUUAUCCUUUUCUCCCUCCUCCCACUUCCCUCCGCCCCCACUGGUUUUCCUCCACAUUAUACAAUUUACAAUAAUCUUUGCAUUCUACAACCUUCUCAAAUCAUCUUCAUAUUCUUAUUAUCUUUCCUUACUAAUUUUUCUUCCAUCCAGUACUUCACAUUUUAAUCUAGGCAUAUUAGCGUAUCUUUCCUUGAGCAAUAUUUUGCCAUAUAUUCAUCAAAACAUUUCCACUUGGUUGUCAAGUCUCUGCUUAAAGACCUCCAAAGAAGGAGACUCCACCACACUCCUUGGCAGCAAAUUCCACUGUCGAACAGCUCUUACUGUCAGGAAGUUCUUCCUAAUGUUUAGGUGGAAUCUUCUUUCUUGUAGUUUGGAUCCAUUUCUUCUUAUAGCAGUUAAUUUUGCCCGAAUUAAAUAUUCAUUUAGUUUACAAAUCCAUUCCUCCUUUGUGGGUAUAGUUUGUGACUUCCACCGAGCAGCAAUCACUAUUCCAGCAGCUUCACUUGUGGAAUGCAAUGGCAUCCGCCACACUUUCCUGUGCCAACUCUCCGUGCCAACUGUGAGCCUUAAGCUGUCUUCCUGGCUCCAAGCCGAGUUUCACAGCAGCGGUCGUGCCUUGGGUGCGUGAUAAAUCCAAGCCUGUACGCAGGCUUCUUGCUCAUCUAAGAAGUCUUUAAUCAUUGUACGGAAAAACAUCAUAAAUCAACCCAGAGAUCGAGUGGACAUCUCCUCGGCUCGACAGCUAAAAACGAAAGUAACUCACACACAAAGAAAGAUUCCCGUAUGUGAACAAGACCACACCUCAGAAUGUCACACAGAACUGUUUAACCCUGUAAGUUCUGAUUCUCCUCACAGUACUUGCAUAUAGAAAAAUACCCCCCCCCCGUGGUAUCUCUUCAUCUCUCAAUCCAAGGAGAUAUGUCUGGUUUCUUUGUUAUUGAUAUUUUCAACAUCUUCUUUAGUUCUUCGUGUACUACUAUCCAAAAUUUCUUAAUUUCCUCACACCUCCACCACAUAUGUAUUGUUGUUCCUAUUUCUCCACCACAUCUCCAACAGAGGUUGGAUUUCAAUUUGUAUAUCUUUGCCAGCUUAACUGGCGUUAAGUACCACCUAUAGAACAUUUUUACAAAAUGUUCUUUAAUUGUAUAUGAGGCAGUAAAUCGUAUAUCCUCUCGCCAGAGUUUCUCCCAUUGCUCUAGAUAGAUAGUAUGUCCAAGAUCCUUCAGUUGGUUAAAGGUAUACAGGUUGGAGCCAAACAGUACAAAUUGAGAGCAUUUGCAGAUGACUUAGUAUUGACGUUACAGGAGCCAGAAUCUAGUACCAAAAGGGUUUUAGAAUUGAUUCAAGAAUUUGGUCAAGUUGCAGGAUUUAAAUUGAAUAAGGUAAAAACUAAGGUUUUAGAGAAAAAUCUAACACCAAUAUAGAGAGAGAGGUUUCAGAAUGAGACAGGUCUAAUAGUGGUUAAGAAAGUUAAAUAUUUGGGGAUUAACUUGACAGCAAAAAAUGGGAACUUAUUUAAAGACAACUAUGAAAGAUGUUGGGCUGAAGUGAAAAAAGAUUUAGAAAUUUGGUCAAAUUUGAAGCUUUCACUGCUGGGCCGUAUUGCUGCUGUAAAAAUGAAUGUAUUGCCUAGAAUGUUGUUUUUGUUUCAUACAUGGCAAAUUGUGGACAAAAUGGACUGUUUCAAGAGGUGGCAGAGAGAUAUUUCUAGAUUUGUCUGGCAGGGCAAGAAGCCCAGAAUAAAAUUUAGAAUAUUAAUAGAUGCAAAGGAUAGAGGUGGAUUUGCCCUGCCAGACCUUAAACUUUACUAUGAAUCAGCAGCUUUCUGCUGGUUGAAAGAAUGGCUGCUUCUUGAAAACACUGACAUUUUGGAUUUAGAAGGUUUUAACAACGUAUUUGGGUGGCAUGCAUAUCUGUGGUAUGACAGGGUCAAAGCACAUAAAGCAUUUAAAAACCAUAUUGUCAGGAAAGCACUGUUUAAUGUUUGGAUAAGAUAUAAGGAUUUAUUGGAAAACAAAACUCCAAGGUGGCUGUCACCAAUGGAAGCGAAAGCCUUGAAAAAGCUCAAUAUGGAGGUCAAAUGGCCAAAAUAUUGGGAAAUUUUGGAACAAGAUGGAGACAGAUUGAAAUUGCAGAGUUUCGAAAAACUAAAAAACAAGGUGCGAGACUGGCUUCAUUAUUAUCAGAUAAUGGAGGCAUACAAUUUGGACAAGAAAAUUGGCUUCCAGGUGGAAAAAUCAAAAUUAGAAACAGAACUGUUAGAACCCAAAACUAAGAAUUUGUCAAGAAUGUAUAACUUGCUGCUGAAAUGGAACACUCAGGAUGAAACGGUGAAAUCUGCUAUGAUUAAAUGGGCACAAGAUGUUGGACAUAACAUCAUGUUCGCUGACUGGGAACAGUUAUGGACCACAGGUAUGAAGUUUACGGCAUGUAAUGCCUUAAGAGAGAAUAUUAUGAAAAUGAUAUACAGGUGGUACAUAACCCCAGUUAAGCUUGCAAAAAUCUACCAUUUGCCUGAUAAUAAAUGUUGGAAAUGUAAAGAAACUGAAGGUACAUUUUUUCACCUUUGGUGGACGUGCCCAAAGAUUAAGGCUUUUUGGGAAAUGAUAUAUAAUGAAUUAAAAAAGGUAUUUAAAUAUACCUUCUUGAAGAAACCAGAGGCCUUUCUCCUGGGCAUUGUCGGCCAACCGGUGUUAAAAAAGGAUAGAACUUUCUUCAUGUAUGCUACAACAGCAGCAAGAAUACUCAUCGCAAAGUAUUGGAAGACACAAGACCUACCCACACUGGAGGAAUGGCAGAUGAAACUUAUGGACUAUAUGGAAUUGGCGGAAAUGACUGGCAGAAUCCGUGACCAGGGAGAAGAGUCGGUGGAAGAAGAUUGGAAGAAAUUUAAAGAUUAUUUACAGAAAUAUUGCAAAAUUAAUGAAUGUUAGAGUGAUUUUGGAUUGAAAUUAAGUGGCUUCUAGCUGUAUAGGCUUUAAAGUUAUAAAUAGAUUAAGAUUAAGGAUUAGGAUUAAAAAGGUUAAAAGAAUGGAAAAUUGGUUUUUAAUAGGUAAAAAUUUAAUGCUAUAUUAUAUUAAGAUUAAGGACUGGGAUUAAAAAGCAGGGAAAGGAAUUGCUGGACUAACAAACUGAAUUGGAAUACAAAAGAGGGAGGUAUGAGGAGGUCCGGGAAACAAGUAAAUGUAAAAGUAGUGAUGAAAAGAAGGAAUUGUUUUUUAACUGUUUUUUCUUUUUUCUUUUUGAAUUUUGUUUGUGUACUUUUCUUUAUAUUCUUGAAUUUUUCUUUUUUGUUGAUGUGAUUUUUUCUUUAUGAAACUUUAAUAAAUAUCAUUAAAAAAAAGAAAGUAUGUCCGAGCUCCUGAGACCAUUUAAUCGUUUCUUUUUUCUUUAUUUCUUUCUUUUUUUAAAUGAUAUUUAUUACAGUUUCAAAGAAUACAAAAAAUAAAAAUACAAGAAAAUACAAAAUACAGAAAAAAGAAUAAAUUUUUUAAAAUAUAACUAAAAGAAGAAAAAUAAAGAAAAACAUACAAGAUACAAACAGUUAAAAACACGUUAACUUUCCAUAGCAUAUCUUCCUUACCCUUAUUUCUCCGGACCUCUUCAUACCUCCCUUUUUGUAUUCCAGUUCAGUUUGUUAGUUCAGCAAAUCCUUACCAUUAAGCUUUUACCCAUUUGUAAACCUUUUUUCGUAUCUCUUCAAGCAUUACAGCUGGAAACCACUUAGUUCCUAUCCAACAUCCUUCUAAGAUUCAUUAAUUUUACAAUAUUUCUGUAAAUAGUCUUUAAAUUUCUUCCAGUCUUCUUUCACCGACUCUUCUCCCUGGUCUCGGAUUCUGCCAGUCAUUUCUGCCAAUUCCAUGUAGUCAAUCACCUUCAUCUGCCAUUCUUCCAGAGUGGGUAGAUCUUGUGUCUUCCAAUACUUUGCAAUGAGUAUUCUUGCUGCUGUUGUAGCAUACAUAAAAAAAGUUCUGUCCUUCUUUGGCACCAAUUGGCCGACAAUGCCCAGAAGAAAGGCCUCUGGUUUCUUCAGGAAGGUAUAUUUAAAUACCUUUUUCAGUUCAUUAUAUAUCAUUUCCCAGAAAGCCUUAAUCCUUGGGCACGUCCACCAAAGGUGAAAGAAUGUACCUUCAGUUUCUUUACAUUUCCAGCAUUUAUUAUCGGGCAAAUGAUAGAUUUUGCAAGCUUGACUGGGGUCAUGUACCAUUUAAUCAUCGUUUCUUUCACUUCUUCCUCCAUCAAUUCCCAGUCCAAUAAAAGAUUAUAGGUUUUGGAUAACAAUUUCUUGUUGUUGUUUAUCACUGUGACUUUAAAUUUCGAAUCUUCUUUUGCAAAUCCUUUCUUUUGAUCCGAGUUGAAUAUACUUCUAAGUUGUAUAUAUUGCCAUCUGUCAAUUUAAAUUUUGACUUACCAGAUUCAAAUAACUUCUGAUGGGGAGCGUUCAGGUGAAGAUGUUGCUGUUUGUUUCACAGACAAGGCGUGGACGUUGCUGGAUCCUGACCAGAGAGAUCAGCAUAAAGAGGUCAAGGAGGAGAAUCGUGGGAUCGUGGACUCUCUUGGUAAGGCUCCCUGUUGGAUCAUAACAUGUUGUGAUUGCAGAUGGAGUGGAUUCCAUGAUUGAGCCAGAACAAAAUCCAUCCCAGAUAAAAGCCAAGCAAUAUGUCAGUUAAUACCAGCCAACUAAGGAAGUGAAACCUAUAGGACGGCCUCACAUCUCAUUCUCUUCAGAUCUUCCUCUGUCACAAGCAUUCAUUAACAUUGUUCAAUAAUCUGGAGCUCCCAUUUCCUCCUGAGACUCUAAUUAGCAUCUCUCUUCAUUGCAGAUGGUGAUGAAUUGGAAGGGAAGAACAAGGGGGAGCACAACAGAAUCCAGAUAGCGGAGAAGUCAUAUAAAUAUUCAGAGUGUGGAGAGAACAUCCGUCAAAGCUCCCAGUCCACCUCCCAUCAAAGAAAGAGCUUCGUUCGAAGGAAUAGCCUCACUUCACACGAAAUAACACAGAGUAGGAAGAAAUCGUAUCAGUGCUUGGAGUGUGGAAAGAGCUUCAAUCGAAAGAAUAAUUUCACUGUGCAUCAAAGAAUUCAUACAGGGAGAAACCCUAUCAGUGCUUCGAAUGUGGAAAGAGCUUUCGUCUGAGUGGUGAUCUCACUUCCCACCAAAGAAUUCAUACAGGGGGAAAACCCUAUCAGUGCUUGGAAUGUGGAAAGAGCUUCAAUCGAAAGGGUCAUCUCACUUCCCAUCAAAGAAUUCAUACAGGGGAGAAACCCUAUCAGUGCUUCGAAUGUGGGAAGAGCUUUCGUCACAGUGGUGAACUCACUUCCCACCAAAGAAUUCAUACAGGGGAGAAACCCUAUCAGUGCUUCGAAUGUGGGAAGAGCUUUCGUGUGAGUGGUGAUCUCACUUCCCACCAAAGAAUUCAUACAGGGGAGAAACCCUAUCAGUGCUUGGAGUGUGGAAAGAGCUUCACUCAUAGCUCCCAUCUCACUUCCCAUCAAAGAAUUCAUACAGGGGGAAAACCCUAUCAGUGCUUCGAAUGUGGAAAGAGCUUUCGUGUGAGUGGUGAACUCACUUCCCACCAAAGAAUUCAUACAGGGGAGAAACCCUAUCAGUGCUUGGAGUGUGGAAAGAGCUUCACUCAUAGCUCCCAUCUCACUUCCCAUCAAAGAAUUCAUACAGGGGGAAAACCCUAUCAGUGCUUCGAAUGUGGAAAGAGCUUUCGUGUGAGUGGUGAACUCACUUCCCACCAAAGAAUUCAUACAGGGGAGAAACCCUAUCAGUGCUUGGAGUGUGGAAAGAGCUUCAGCCAGAGGGCCCAUCUCACUUCCCAUCAAAGAAUUCAUACAGGGGGAAAACCCUAUCAGUGCUUCGAAUGUGGAAAGAGCUUCAAUCGAAAGGGUCAUCUCACUUCUCAUCAAACAAUUCAUACAGGGGAAAAACCCUAUCAGUGCUUCGAAUGUGGGAAGAGCUUUCGUGUGAGUGGUGAUCUCACUUCCCACCAAAGAAUUCAUACAGGGGAGAAACCCUAUCAGUGCUUCGAAUGUGGGAAGAGCUUUCGUGUGAGUGGUGAUCUCACUUCCCACCAAAGAAUUCAUACAGGGGAGAAACCCUAUCAGUGCUUGGAGUGUGGGAAAAGCUUCAGUUACAGCGCCAAUCUCACUUCCCAUCAAAGAAUUCAUACAGGGGAAAACCCUAUCAGUGCUUGGAAUGUGGAAAGAGCUUCAAUCGAAAGGGUCAUCUCACUUCUCAUCAAAGAAUUCAUACAGGGGAAAAACCCUAUCAGUGCUUGGAAUGUGGAAAGAGCUUCAAUCGAAAGGAUUAUCUCACUUCCCAUCAACAAAUACAUACAGGGGAGAAGCCCUAUCAUUGCUUGGAAUGUGGAAAAUGCUUCAGUCAUAGCACCGGUCUCACUUCUCAUCAACAAAUUCAUACAGGGGAGAAGCCCUAUCAUUGCUUGGAAUGUGGAAAAUGCUUCAUUCAUAGCACCGGUCUCACUUCCCAUCAAAGAAUUCAUACAGGGGAGAAACCCUAUCAGUGCUUCGAAUGUGGGAAGAGCUUUCGUGUGAGUGGUGAACUCACUUCCCACCAAAGAAUUCAUACAGGGGAGAAACCCUAUCAGUGCUUGGAGUGUGGGAAAAGCUUUAGUUACAGCACCAAUCUCACUUCCCAUCAAAGAAUUCAUACAGGGGAGAAACCCUAUCAGUGCUUGGAAUGUGGAAAGAGCUUCUGUCAAAGGGGGACGCUCACUUCCCAUCAACGAAUACAUACAGGGGAGAAACCCUAUCAGUGCUUGGAAUGUGGGAAAAGCUUCAGUCAAAGCUCCAAUCUCACUUCCCAUCAAAGAAUCCAUACAAGAGAGACAACGUCUUAG